AUGGCUGAUGGCUUGAAGGAUCGCCCACUCAAGACCACCUGUUCUGGAGACCCCAGCUACUACCCUGGGGAGGCUGCUGGGAGCUGCUGUCACCGGUGCCCCUCAGGGUUGUCUCCAACGCAGCCGUGCCCUCAGGGUCCCGCCCACUGCAAGAAGCGAUGUGCUCCCGACUACUACGUGAACGAGCACGGGUACUGCACAGCCUGCGUGACCUGUUUGCAAGGCCUCGUGGAGAAGGUUCCGUGUUCCGGGAACUCUUCUCGCGUCUGUGAGUGUCAGCCCGGCACGUACUGCUCUACACCAGCCGUCAAUUCCUGUGCCCGCUGCUUUCCACACUCCCGCUGUUCUGGGGGGAAGGUGGUCAAGUUCCCAGGCACAGCGGAGAAGGACACCGUCUGUGAGCUGCCUCCCCCAACACCUGGCCUCAACUGCUCCAAUCCAAAUGACUGCCAGCCACUUACUAGCCAUGCCACUCCUCAGGCCACACCUACUCUAAAGUCCCCGGCCACUGACAGUGUGAGGAGUUUGCUGCCCAAGGGGGGCACCCACCUUGCGCAGGAAGACGCUGCUGGCCUCUUGACGGCUCCAUACUAUCCCUCUUCCCAGGCACGAGCGCCCAGUCCCGAUCCAGGCAAUGCAGAGGUGAACAUGACCUUGGAGCUGCCACCUCCACGGACCCUCCCUGACUUCAGCACCUCAGAAAACAGCGAGGAGCCUGCCAGUACUGCCUCUACCCUAAGCCUCCUGGCAGAUGCGCAGACCAGCAGCACGCUGCAGCCCACCUCGCCCUUGUCCACAGGAACACCAUUUCUGGAUCCAGGGCCCGUGCUCUUCUGGGUGGCCAUGGUAGUGGUGCUGGUCGGCACCGGCUCCUUCCUCCUGUGUUAUUGGAAGGCCUGCAGGAGGCAGAUCCAGCAGAAGUUUCACCUGGACCUAGGCCAGACCUUCCAGCCCAAGGUGGAGCCGGCGGAUUCCAGACCUGCUGAGAAGCUAACACAGCCGAAGAGAAGUGGAUCAGUGACAGAUCCCAGCACUGCACAUAAGCUGAGCCUGGCGAGCCCUCCUGCUCUGGAGACUUGUGCCAGUGUUGGGGCAGCCUGCCCGGAGAGCAUGCCACUGCUGGAUGAAGGCACAGCUGGGAAUCCUUUGACUCCCAGGGACCCUCCAGAGCCCCGGGUAUCCACGGAACACACCAAUAACAGAAUCGAGAAAAUCUACAUCAUGAAAGCGGACACAGUGAUUGUGGGCUCUGUAAAGACCGAAGUCCCUGAGGGCUGGGCUCCAGCAGGGUCUGUAGGGCCCGAGUUGGAGGUGGACCAUGCCCCCCACUACCCAGAGCAGGAGACAGAGCCGCCUCUGGGCAGCUGCGCUGAUGUCAUGUUCUCAGUGGAGGAAGGAGGAAAAGAGGACCAUGGACCUACAGCCGUCCCUGAGAAGUGACACCCAUCGUUAGCUGGGGCUAGAGAGCAGCCGCCUGUACCCUUGAGAUCAGGUCAGCACCAAGCUGGGAAACUACUGUGGCUUGAAUUGAGCCCA